AUGACUAAACUAUUCACUAAACUAUUCAAACUCGCCAACUGCAAAAGCAACACCAAGUCUACAUCAAAACCGCAGUUGAUUCCAUAUGUUCGUAUACCACAACAAUACCAACCACAGUUGGGUAAAGGGGAUUUGAAGGAAGCGGGUUUGCUUGUUAAUUUUGAUCAUUUAGAAGUGUUUAGGACAUUGUGUUGUGAUGAAGUGACAUUUAUGUUGAACAUUUAUCAUUUACUACAUAAUCUAAAAGAUGGAGACGCAAUUAGAGACGUUGGAGCUACGGAAUCUGAUUUUAGCUCCAAUUUUCAUGAGAAAUACAAACAAAUUUUAAGUCAAUUGUCCUACUUUAGCAACAAUUCAUUCACACAAGAUCAAGUUGAGGGGCUUCGGUUUUUAUUUAAUGACGUGAGAUAUACAUGGAAUGUGAUUACCGUUGCCAAUAGUUUAAAAGUUUCAUUGGGUGAUUCACUAAAGCAUAAUAUCAAUGGAUAUUUUAAGAAAAUGUGGGCUUUUGAAGUUUCGGAAAAUGAUGAGGAGUUUAUGAUUGAUGUGUUUUCUGUUAGUUUGGAUAUUUGGGAAAGGAGAGUUUUGGCAUUGGUGGCUUCUAAGGGAGAUGACUUGCAGUCUUCGGUUUCGUUGUAG